AACCACUUGUCUGUCUCUUGAGUUUUCAGUUCAGCAACGUAGGCAGGAUUGAAACAACAUUAGUACUAUUCCCUGAAAAUGGAGAGUUGUUCUCUGCAAUCAUCAUCUAUAACCACCAUACCAACCUCAUUAACCAAAUGCGGGUUCAUUGAGAAACCUUCUAUUCAUGGUCAGUUCCUCAAGUUUCCUAAUUUAAGUAAGUUUGCACAUUCAAGAAAGCUCAAGAUUCUAGACAUCAAAGCUCAAGCUUCAGUUGCUGUAAAAUUCAGCUCUGGGGCAGUUGAGGCAAUUUCAAAAGAAUUGGAAACAAAAGAUGAGAAUCUUGCAUUUGUCGCUGGUGCUACUGGCAAAGUUGGCUCAAGAGCAGUGAGGGAGCUUCUCAAGCUUGGAUUUCGAGUUAGAGCUGGUGUCAGGAGUGCCCAGAAAGCGGAAGCUCUUGUGCAGAGUGUUAAGGAAAUGAAGCUUGAUGUUGAAGGAUCUCAGCCUGUGGAAAGGCUUGAAACUGUGGAAUGUGAUUUGGAAAAAACGAAUCAGAUUAGACCAGCAUUAGGCAAUGCAUCUGUGGUUCUAUGCUGCAUUGGUGCCAGUGAGAAGGAGGUGUUUGAUGUUACAGGACCUUGUCGGAUUGACUACCGGGCUACUAAAAACCUAGUCGAGGCAGCAACUGUUGCAAAGGUCGACCAUUUUAUUAUGGUUUCAUCAUUGGGAACGAACAAAUUCGGAUUUCCUGCAGCUAUUCUAAAUUUAUUUUGGGGUGUCCUAAUUUGGAAGAGGAAAGCAGAAGAAGCACUCAUAACAAGUGGUGUUCCUUACACUAUAGUGAGACCUGGUGGAAUGGAGAGGCCUACUGAUGCUUACAAGGAAACCCAUAACCUUACUGUUUCUGUGGAAGAUACUCUAUUUGGUGGCCAGGUGUCGAAUCUGCAGGUUGCAGAAUUUAUGGCGUUUAUGGCCAAAAACCGUGGGCUUUCAUAUUGUAAAGUGGUGGAAGUAAUUGCAGAGACAACUGCACCUUUGACUCCUAUGGAUAAACUGCUCGCAAAAAUACCAUCUCAACGUGUUGAACCAAAGAAAUCAGACGUGGCAGAACUGCCUAAGUCUGUGCCUCCUAAGAUUGUUGAACCUGAGGCUUCAAGCUCUCCCUCUCAGAUGGAACCUGCCCAGGCAAAAGUUGUGGUUACCAGGCCACUCUCUCCUUAUACUGCUUAUGAAGAUUUGAAACCACCUACUUCUCCCAUUCCGACUCAACCUAGCAGUAAGAAAGAAAAUGUCAAUUCGGCAGAAGCAGUAUCAACACUUGAUACUUCGGAUCCUUCUCCUGCGUCAGCAUCCGGAAUAACUGGGACAAAACCAGCCCCAGUAGAAACAAAGACAGCAAGGCCUCUUUCUCCUUAUGUUGCAUAUGAUGAUCUCAAACCCCCCACAUCACCAUCUCCAACUGCACCCGUGGGAUUAGUCGCAACAACCUCCUCCAUAAAUGCAAUGCCUAAGACAGGUAACAACGCACCUCCAACAGCCGCAAUCGACAAUCAGCAUCAUAAAGAACCAAACCCAAAGCCACUUUCACCUUAUCCCAUGUAUGAAGACUUAAAGCCUCCAGCUUCUCCAACGCCGUCACUGAAGCUAUAGACUGAUCUAAUACAGAGCAAAGCAUCAAUCAUGACAUUACACUUGGGAAUUCGUGCAGCAUUUUUACUUGCGACCUAUGAAGAGGCUAGCAGCAGAAAUUGCGGAAUUCUUUCAAUGUUUUUUAUAAUAAAGUUUACGUUGUAACAGUUUUCUUAUCGAAUCUAUCUUGAUUAUUCUUUUGACCAAUUUGAUGUAAACGCAGCAAAAUCAAUUCGACAGUUUUACCUAUUUUUUCUUCCAAUCUUGUUUCAUGGAUAGGAGCCCUAUUCAUCCUUGAACAGCUUCAAAGAGAAUUUGCUUUGUGGUUUAA